GGGCUGCGGCUCUUUGUCGCGGCCACACCGGAAACGGCCCGGAGCGCGCGCGGGGCGGCCGCCGAGGGUCCCGGCGCGGGGCGGGGCCGCGCGAGGCCCGGGCGGGGCCGCCGUCCCUUCCGGGGAGCGGGGAGCCGCCGCCGCGUCCGCCGGGCGGCUCCCACCCCGCCCCCCGCAGCUCUGGGUGACGCGUCUCCAGUAACAGCUCGCCAGGAGCCGCAGCUCGGGCACAGCCGGCGCCGGCGCCCCGCCGCCACCAUGAGGGCCGAGGGCCUCGGCGGCCUGGAGCGCUUCUGCAGCCCGGGCAAGGGCCGGGGGCUGCGGGCUUUGCAGCCCUUCCAGGUGGGGGACUUGCUGUUCUCCUGCCCGGCCUAUGCCUACGUGCUCACGGUCAACGAGCGGGGCAACCACUGCGAGUACUGCUUCGCCAGGAAAGAAGGAUUGUCCAAAUGUGGAAGAUGCAAGCAGGCAUUUUACUGCAAUGUGGAGUGUCAGAAAGAAGAUUGGCCCAUGCACAAGCUGGAAUGUUCUCCCAUGGUUGUUUUUGGGGAAAACUGGAAUCCCUCGGAGACUGUAAGACUAACAGCAAGGAUUCUGGCCAAACAGAAAAUCCACCCAGAGAGAACACCUUCGGAAAAAUUGUUAGCCGUGAAGGAGUUUGAAUCACAUCUAGAUAAGUUAGACAAUGAGAAGAAGGAUUUGAUUCAGAGUGACAUUGCUGCUCUCCAUCACUUUUACUCCAAGCAUCUCGAAUUCCCUGACAAUGAUAGCCUCGUAGUACUCUUUGCACAGGUUAACUGUAAUGGCUUCACAAUUGAAGAUGAAGAACUUUCUCAUUUGGGAUCAGCGAUAUUUCCUGACGUUGCAUUGAUGAAUCAUAGCUGUUGCCCCAAUGUCAUUGUGACCUACAAAGGGACCCUGGCAGAAGUCAGAGCUGUACAGGAAAUCAAGCCGGGAGAGGAGGUUUUUACCAGCUAUAUUGAUCUCCUGUACCCAACAGAAGAUAGGAAUGACCGGUUAAGAGAUUCUUAUUUCUUUACCUGUGAGUGCCAGGAGUGCACCACCAAGGACAAGGAUAAGGCCAAGGUGGAAAUCCGGAAGCUCAGCGAUCCCCCAAAGGCAGAAGCCAUCCGAGACAUGGUCAGAUAUGCACGCAACGUCAUUGAAGAGUUCCGGAGGGCCAAGCACUAUAAAUCCCCUAGUGAACUGCUGGAGAUCUGCGAGCUCAGCCAGGAGAAGAUGAGCUCCGUGUUUGAGGACAGUAAUGUGUACAUGUUGCACAUGAUGUACCAGGCCAUGGGUGUCUGCUUGUACAUGCAGGACUGGGAAGGAGCCCUGCAAUAUGGACAGAAAAUCAUUAAGCCCUACAGGGUACGUCCAACUAACCAAGUGGGCCAAGUGAAUCAGGGUCACUGGGCAUUAGACCCAGAAAUCUGUGUUCUGGAAGCAUCUCAGGUGUUUCUCAGGAGUUGGAGAAGCCCUCAGUCCCCUUCCACUUCCGAGUUUAAGGUCUGUGAAGGUUGUGUCUGGUCUGAAUGUCCACUGCCCACUUCACCCUCUACUUACCCCACUGUGCCCUGAUCAGCCAGCAGGGGGAGCCCAAAGGAAGCCAGCUCUGAAAAUCGGCUCUUGGAAACAGAAUUUGUUAAAUUGGGGAUAAACUCAGACUUUCCCUUUCUCCUGGAGUGGGUGAGGAAGUCCACUGGCCUCAUGCACAGUUCUCUCUGUGAGAUCUGUAGGGAGAGAGGGGCAGACAGACAGCAUCCCAGCCCUGUAGUUCUCCCAGCAGGGCCUUGCUGCGCUAGACCCAUCUUCAUCUGCAUGAGCCCCUCCCAGAAGCCCAGCUCUGGUCCUCUGUGGGGCCACGGGUCCCAGGGCUGCCUCCUGCCCAGGAAUACAGCUAGAACAUGUCUUUUUGGACUGACUUUCAGGAGACACAGGGUGGAACAGCCUAGUCUUUACCAUCACCUCUUACACACAUGUAAGCACACACACUGGCUUACCCACCAGCUGCCUCUGGGCCCUGUUCUUAGGGAAAUGGCUGUUUCUCAGACAGACCCCAUCAGUCAGCCUUUAGGUACAGCCAGAGAGAACACCUGCUGUAUCUAAAGCCCCUGCUGGACAACGGGGAAAGAACAUCCAGAAGACAUAGGAAGUGUUGUGACUUCAGAGCACUUACAGUUUUGCUAAACAACUCAUAUCAUAGUGUGACAGAAAGCUGGGGUCUUAAGACACAUUGGUGUGGGUGUGU